AUGGAAGAGCCUACCAAGUCGGACAUUGAUGCCAUUUUUAAACGAUUAAGAACAAUCCCUGCUAAUAAGAUGUGUUUUGAUUGUGAUUCAAAAAAUCCCACCUGGGCAUCAAUUACAUAUGGUGUAUUUUUAUGUAUUGAUUGUUCAGCCAGACAUCGUGGUCUCGGUGUUCACUUAUCAUUUAUUCGUUCGACUAAUCUUGAUACUAGUUGGGGAUGGCUUCAACUUCGAGCUAUGCAAGUUGGUGGAAAUGCUAAUGCUGAAGCAUUUUUCCAACAACAUGGCUGUCACACAAAAGAUAUUCAACAAAAAUAUAAUAGUCGAGCUGCACAACUUUAUCGUGAAAAACUUCAUCAACUUGCUACUAAAACAAUGAAGCAAUAUGGAACUAAACUUUUCCUUGAUGAUGCACAUAAGAAUGAACAUAGUCAAUUGACAGGUGAAAAAAAAGAAGGUGAUUUCUUCCAUGAGCAUUCUCAAGCAUCAGCUAAAACUGGUUGGGAUGAUAGUGUAACAGUUUCUUCACAUUCCAGUAAUCAAAGUCUUGAUAAGACUGAACAACAAACCGAAGGACCAUCUGUUGAUCCCAGUGUUUUGAAUAAUGAUGGUUCAGUGAAAACACUCGAUCCAAAAAAAACAACUAUUGGUCAACGCCGAGCACCAGCAACGAAAAAAAAAGGUUUUGGUGCACAAAAAGUAGCAACUGACUUCAAAGAAGUAGAACGCAAUGUUCAAGAACAAGAAAAAUUACGUGAACAACAAGCUCAUCUUGAGCUUAAAAAUCGUGAAGAAACUGAAAAACAAGUCGAAAAACAAAUGGCAAAUCUUAAAUUUGUUUAUCAAGAUAUGAAUAAACAACGUGAUUUUGAAGAGGCCAAAUUAAAACAAUCAAAUCCAAAGAAAGCUGAACAAAUGGAACGUCUUGGCAUGGGUUUUACUAAUCGAAGUGGCGUAAGUCAUAGUGCUAUGACUGAUAUGCAAACAAUUCAACAAGAAGGUGUAACAACAACAAGAAAUGUUUCACUUGCACCACGAAAUCGAGAUUUUUUCGAUGAUUAUGAAUCAUCGGGUUUUAGUAGUCGAUCAAACUAUGAUGAUUUCUCAUCGAAAACUGAUGAUCAAUAUGAUGAGAGUUCUGAAAAACUGGAUGAUGAUUUAUUUAAACCAAAAUCAUCAUCAAAAAAUACGGAUACUUUCAAUACUGAUUGGGAAAUCGUUGAUCGACACACUCCAACUAAAGAUUUUGGAUUCAGUGGAACUAGUAGUUCAUCAUAUUCUAAUAAUGAUGCACCUAAUUCCUCAUCAAAAUCAAAAAAUCAAUCAUCUACAUCUUAUAAUGAAGGAAAUAAUAGCGAAACACAAAAACGUUUUUCAAAUGCUAAAGCUAUAUCAAGUGAUCAAUUUUUUAAUAAAAAUUCCGAUAAUCAAAACAAUGUAGUAUCACGUUUUCAAGGAAGUACAAGUAUUUCAAGUGAAGAUUUUUUUGAUGAUCCAAACAAAAGAAAACAAGAUCGUUCAACUUAUCAAGGUCCUGAUUUAUCAGCCAUGACAGCUGAUUUUAAGGAAGGUGUAUCAAAAGCAGCUAAUAAAUUAUCAUCAUUAGCUAGUAACGUUAUGUCAAGCAUUCAGAAACAAAUGAAAUACACGAUUAUACGGCAAUUUUCAUUGAGAAAAGAAAAAUUUGAAAUUGUUGGUGGUACAAAAACAGUAUGUACAGUAAAAGCUACUCCUUCUAAAGACCAUAAAGGACAAUACAAUAUUCGUUGUUUGUCUAGUGUUAUAUUAUCAAGUCCGUUAUCAAGACAUGUUGAUGAUGAAUUUUGUGUUAUAGAGCCAGAUUCAAGUAUUCCUCGAAAUUAUUUAAUAUACAUAGUAAAUAAUGAAUCGAAUGAAAAAACUCUUUUUGGUCAAUUAUCUUAUGAAUUCUGUAGUCGUAAUAAUUGUCUUUAUACAAUUGUUAUUGGAAGAAAAUUAUAUAAAGUACGAAGUUCUGAUUUAAAAAAUCGACGUUUAGCUAUUAUAGAUUCUCUUGAACAAAAUAAUCCAUCGAAAUUAGAUCAAUAUUCAACAUUUCAAUGCCCACAAACAUUGUUUCAAGUUAUUGACACAUUUUCAAAAUCAAAUAAAACGUAUCAUGUUACUAUAAAUGAUAAAGACAAACAUCUUGGAUAUCUUUCUAUUGUUAUUUUACUUGAUCUUCAUGAAUGUAAAUUAGAUUGA